AAGGUGGCCUUGAAGAAGUCCAAAAGCAGCCACCCGCCGUCUCCUUAACGUAGCUUCAAAGCAUUACUACAGCCCUAAAAAAUAAUGCAAUUUACUUUCCCAAGUUUAGUGUGUAUAAAUCAAACGGAACCUCACAUCCUUUUCCUGUAAAUUUCCUAUAAAACAAGUCACCAAUUUCCAAACCCUCAAUUUAUACCCCUUACUUUAGCACUUUCUUCUCCCCACCACCAAACUUGUUUGCCUUCUGAUUCUGGUUCUGUUUCCAUUUGCAAGUAAUUUCACAUUGUUUGUAGGGUUGAGUGAUCGAUUGUUAUUUUGUGAAAUUCAUAUCAAUCGCUCAUACUGUUGUUUGGGUUUCGAUAUUUGAUCGGAUCUGAGAUGACGGAGGAACAGAAAUGGCAGGAGCUUGUUGGAGAACACCGGCUAUGCGCAAAUAGUUGUGGCUUUUUUGGUAGCCCUACAACUCUUAAUCUUUGUUCCAAGUGUUAUAAAGAUCAUUGCAUCAAGGAAGGGGAAACGAGAGAAGCCAAAAUCGCUAUGGAAAAAACAUUCAAUCAAUCGGAAUCUUCUUCAUUUUCAACUUCUUCAAGGCCAGAAUCAAUUAAUUCGACAAUUAAUCCGCACAUAAUAAUAGAGAAGGUUCCGAUUUCCACCGAAGCGGUGGCGAAAACUGAAAAACCCAAUGUUGCAGUGGCUGUGGUGGCGCCGCCGCAGAUUAAACCUAAUAGGUGUGCCGGUUGUCGAAAGCGCUUGGGUCUCACGGGAUUCAAGUGCAGGUGUGGAGUCAUGUUUUGUGGAUCCCAUAGGUCUCCCGAACGACAUGAUUGCACGUUUGAUUACAAGCAAUUGGGGAGGGAAGCCAUUGCCAAGGCCAACCCUAUCAUCAAGGCUGAGAAGCUCGACAAGAUCUGAGCCAUUCUUUUCAUUGGUUAUGAAUGCAUGGGCUCUGCCGUCCGAUCAAACUGUGGACAUCUGUAUGGGUGACGUAGAUUAAUGGCUUUAGCUGCUCAUGUCUAAUCAUGUAAUAAUAGAAUUCAUUACUUUACUCAGGACUGAUUUUUAAUUUUCUGUGCAAUUAAAUCCCUUUAAUUCUUUCCUUUAUUCUUAACUAUAAA